AUGCCCUCGCGACGCACCAGCCGCGCAGCGGCAAAGCGCGCCCAACAGGCGCUCGAGAGCACACCCAAGACCUUUGAGGCCUUGGACGAUGAGGAUGAGCCCAUGCCUGACGCCACCGAGCAAGACGAGGCCGAACCCGACGAAGAAGCCGAGGCAGAGCCCGAGAAGGACGAGGAGUCAGCCGCCGAAGAGGAGGCCCCAGAAGAGGAGGAGGAGGAGGAAGAAGCCAAAUCCCCGACACCCCCGCCCGAGCCCGUCAUCCGCCGCCGACGCCUAGGACGUCCGCCCAAGAACAGGCCUCCGGAUUGGGACACGCUGCCCAUCGAACCCCCGAACCCUGAUGCGACGCCGCGACGCCGUGGGCGUGGAGGAUGGCGUGGACGUGGUGGACGCAAGGGACAGCACUACCAGCCGACGCAACAGUCGAUUGACAAGGACGGGACGGUCUUGGACAUCGUUAAUGACGAGGUGGACCUACCGGAGGAUGCGGAAGGCGAGAAGAAGGUCGACAAGCUGGGGAAUCUGCUGGACGGGCGCGAGUAUCGAUGCCGGACUUUCACGCUGGCCAACCGUGGCGACCGGCUGUACAUGCUUUCGACCGAGCCCGCCCGCUGUGUCGGUUUCCGAGACUCAUACCUUUUCUUCACCAAGCACAAGAAGCUCUACAAGAUCAUCGUGAACGACGAGGAGAAGCGCGACAUGAUUGAGCGAGAUAUUAUCCCGCACAGUUACAAGGGCCGCUCAAUAGGUAUUGUCACGGCCCGCUCCGUUUUCCGCGAGUUCGGGGCUCUGAUCAUUGUGGGUGGACGCCGCAUCACGGAUGAUUACGAGGUGGCCAAGGCCCGGGAGGAGGGUGUGGUGGAGGGCGAGAUCGCCGACCCUACGGAUGUCUAUGAUCCGGACAAGCCGUACAACCAGAACCAGUAUGUUGCGUGGCAUGGUGCCAGCGCGGUGUAUCAUUCGGGCGGGGCAGCCGUUCCCCAGCAGAAUGUCAAGGUCGAUAGCAAGAAGCGGCGUGUGGCUGUCAACGAUGUGAAUUGGCAGCUCGAACACGCUCGCGAGGCUAGCCAAUUUAACAGCAUGCUCUCGGCCGUCCGCCGCGCCAACCUUAAUGGUGUGUACGACAUCCACACCAACCAGAUUCACUACCCGGUCAUCAUGCAGCCCACGCACGCACGUAUUGAACAGAUCGACGACACGGCCGAUGAAACCCCGGCCUCCUCUACAACCAUCUUCUCCCCCGUCAAGCCCUCAGUCUCUCGCAACUUCCUCGUCAUGGACACCCACCUCGAGACCCCGCCAGCUGGUGUCUCUUCAGCCUCCUACGACGUGCCCUUCCGCACCUCCCGAACCAACCCUGCUUCUGCCACCAAUGCCUCUGCCGAUUUCCUCUCCCCCUUCCGCAGCUUGCAGGCCGUGCCUGACGAUAUCCGCGCGUUGCUGCCGGAGGAGUGCAGGCAGGCGUUUGAUGGCGCGCGGGAGAAGGAGGACACCUGGUUUGCGAGGUGGGGUGAUGAGGCAGAGAUGAUGGCGCGCAGGGAACCCGUGGUGGAUAAGGCGAUUGUGCCGUAUUCUAGAGCUGUUGCGUGA